AUCUCAAUGAGCAGCAACGCCAAUAAUGCCGCCUCGGGCAAUCCCACGGGUGCCGAGGAUGCCGUGUUUGUGAAAUCGGUCGAGAUGCCCGACGAUGCAGUGCUUAUCACCGGUCCCGAUUUCAACCAGCGCUUGUCAUUGACGGAUCUCCUGGGCAGUUACCGAGCCAUGGGCUUCCAGGCCAGUGGUUUGGGUGAAGCUAUCGAUAUCAUUGAGAACAUGCGUAAAUGGCGUUUGUCGGACGAGCCGAUUGCGGAAGACGAGUCUGAAGAUUACCGUGAUGAGCAAGUGCGAAAGAAUACAAAGUGUAAAGUGUUUCUCGGUUACACGUCAAACUUGGUGUCUUCGGGUGUGCGUGAAAUUAUCAAAUUCUUGGUCCAGCACAAGAUGGUCGAUGUGGUGGUGGCCACGGCCGGUGGCGUUGAGGAGGAUUUCAUCAAAUGCCUUGCCCCGACCUAUCUGGGCGACUUUCAUCUCAAAGGCAGCGAACUGCGUAAACAGGGUCUGAACCGUAUUGGCAAUUUGCUGGUGCCCAACAACAACUAUUGUAAAUUCGAAGAUUGGAUCAUUCCCAUUUUGGAUAAAAUGUUGCAGGAACAAAAGGAACAGGAUAAGAUUUGGACGCCUUCCGCCAUGAUCAAACGCUUGGGCGAGGAAAUCAAUGACGAGUCCAGUAUCUAUUACUGGUGUGCAAAGAAUGAUAUCCCUGUGUAUUGUCCCGCUAUUACGGAUGGCUCCCUCGGCGAUAUGAUUUACUUUCAUUCGUUCCGAAAUCCCGGAUUGAUUGUGGAUAUUGCUGCGGACAUUCGCAAUAUGAACAACGAAGCCGUUUUCGCCAAGAAGACGGGUAUGAUCAUUCUGGGAGGUGGUAUUAUCAAGCAUCACAUUUGCAAUGCCAAUUUGAUGCGAAACGGGGCGGAUUUUGCCGUAUAUAUUAAUACCGCCCAGGAAUACGAUGGCAGUGACGCCGGCGCUCGUCCAGAUGAAGCCGUGUCAUGGGGUAAAAUCAAGGCAGGCAGUCGCAUGGUCAAAGUGUACGCUGAAGCCUCGUUGGUCUUUCCUCUCAUUGUCGCCGCCACUUUUGCCAAAGCUCAUCAUGAACAACAGCAAGAAUCAUCAUCAACAUAGACCUCCUUUUCAUGUUUUGUUAUCAUUUCUUCAAGCAUUUUCAUAUUUUUUUUUUUAGUUUUUACUGUUAU